AUGGCAAAACAAUUCUCUAAAUUUUGCCCUCUGUGCAUCAUGAAGAAUACUGUCUCUUGUCAGUCAACAGCGAGGGAAGAAAUAGAGAGAGCAGCCAACAAAACUUUUUUCGAGGCAAAGCUAGGUAAUAAAAUUUUAUCUCCCGCACAGGCCAAAAAGUACCCGGCGGCCUCGAAGCUAGUUCCGGAAAUUCCAUCAUUCUCUUCCUCUGCCAUCAUCCGUCAUUAUCAUAAGGCACCAGUGGCAACGAAAACAAGGGCUCCUAUGUCUGCACAGGCCCCACUAUAUACGCCCCUCUGCGGGCCAGCUUGGCAAUUUAAAUUGCACCGUGACGCUUUUGAUUAUUAUACUGCUCCUUUGAAUACGAUACUACGGCUACGUAUUGACGCCAGCCAUUACCUUGACAUGACGCGCCAGCUCCAGCCUCAGCCUCAGCUUGACCGCUUCUUCAUCGAUGGGAUUAUGGUUCACAAGAGUAUCUCAAGUCAAACAAGAAAGCUAGCUUUACUACAUUUUGGUAUGGGUAACCUUCUGGAUAAAGGAUGUGGAAGGCCGGAUCCCACUCAGAUGAUCGCUCUAUUGAUAUGUUCUACCCCAGCGGUUCACACAGAUGACCGUGAGCAAAACCGUCCUUUUAAUUCUGGCUUUCACCACUUUCAAGGGGAAAGAGGUUUAGAAACAGUACAGAAGCAGGAGCCAGCAGGCAGGUAUUAUCAGUCCUCCUUGAGGAAUUUACAGCCUCGUCUCUUCCUUUUCUCGUGA